AAGGGGCGGCCCUGGAGGCGGCGGCUCCCGCAGCCCGCGGAGGAGACCUGUUGUGCCAGCGCCUGCCAGGCAGUCCGUGAGGGAAGGAGCGAGACGAGGACGGACGGCCGAGCCACUCGCCCCCCGCGCCGCUUUCCUCUCGCCGCCGCCGCCGCCGCCAUGGCCGAGGCGCCUCAGCUCGUCGAGACCGACCCCGACUUCCAGCCGCUGCCCCGACCCCGCUCCUGCACUUGGCCGCUGCCCCGGCCGGAGCUGGCCCCGUCCAGCCCGGGACAGACGCCCACUCCCACCCCGGCCAGGGCCGCCUCGCCGUCGCGCUGCUCCGUCGCGGCCCUGUGCGGCUCCUCGGCCGGCGGGGACCUCCUGAGUUUGCUGGAGGGCGGCGGCAAUGAGGGCUUCGAGGCCGGCGAGCUCGGCGCCCCGGGAGGCUGCCCUUGCGGGGACUUCCCUUGCCUCCAGCACCCUCCGCAGCAGCAGCAGCAGCAGCAACCGGGAGGGACGCCGGCUUUGGCCUCGUCGGCCGGGCCCCGCAAAAGCAGCUCGUCCCGCCGCAACGCCUGGGGGAACUUGUCGUACGCGGACCUCAUCAGCAAGGCCAUCGAGAGCGCCCCGGAGAAGCGGCUGACCCUCUCCCAGAUCUACGAGUGGAUGGUCAAGAACGUGCCCUACUUCAAGGACAAGGGCGACAGCAACAGCUCGGCCGGGUGGAAGAAUUCAAUCCGCCACAACCUCUCGUUGCACAGCAAGUUUAUUAGAGUGCAGAAUGAAGGAACCGGAAAAAGCUCCUGGUGGAUGCUCAACCCAGAAGGCGGCAAAAGCGGCAAGUCUCCCAGGAGAAGGGCUGCGUCCAUGGAUAACAGUGCCAAGUUUGCAAAAAGCAGAGGCCGAGCUGCAAAGAAAAAAACAGCCCUUCAGACUGCUCAAGAUGGAAAUGGGGACAGUCCAGGCACCCAGUUCUCCAAAUGGCCUGCAAGUCCCAGCUCUCACAGCAACGACGACUUUGAUAACAACUGGAGUACAUUUAGACCUCGAACCAGUUCUAACGCUAGUACGAUCAGUGGGAGACUUUCUCCAAUCCUGCCAGAGCAAGAUGACCUCGGAGAAGGGGACGUGCACUCCAUGGUCUAUCCUCCACCAGCGACCAAAAUGGCGUCAACUCUGCCCAGCCUUUCUGAGAUGAGCAGUUCAGAAACCAUGGAGAACCUGCUGGAUAACCUCAACCUUUUAUCGCCGAACACGUCCUUGGCUCGAUCGACCCAGUCCCCUCCCACGACCAUGAUGCAGCAACCACCGGGCUAUUCGUAUACUCCACCCAACACAAAUAUAAGUUCACCGAAUGCCGACUACAGGAAAUACAGCUAUGGACAGACUGGCAUGAACACGCUGUCUCAAAUGCCGAUGCAAACCAUUCAGGACAAUAAAUCGAGCUACGGACCCAUCAGCCAAUAUAACUGUCCUGUCGGUCUGCUGAAGGAGUUGCUGACUUCUGAUUCACCGCCACACAAUGAUAUCUUGGCAUCUGUGGACACUCGUGUCUCCCAAGGCAGUGGCCGAGGGCUGGGACCAAACGUGUUAAUGGCUUCUAACUCAGCAAUUACACCGUACGGCAGCCAGCAGAAUCAUAACAAAAUUGCGUCCCCCAGUACCCACCCCCACCAUGCACAUGUCCAGCCAACAUCAGCCGUCAAUAGCCAUGCUUUGUCUCUCACAGUCAGCACCACGUCUCAUGCAUCAAGCUUAAAUCGUUCGUCCGCAGUGAAAACGUCUGUGCAAGUGCCUAUGAGCCACCCAAUGCAGAUGAACAGCAUAAACCCUUACACCACUGUGAACAGCUGUAAUGGCUAUGGAAGAGUGGGAAUUGUAUCCUUCCAUCAGGAGAAGCUCCCCAGUGACUUAGACGACAUGUUGAUCGAAAGACUGGACUGCGAUAUGGAAUCAAUAAUUCGUAAUGAGCUCAUGGAUGGGGAAACAUUAGAUUUUAACUUUGACAAUGUGUUGCCUAACCAAGGUUUGUCACAUGGUGUAAAGACAACAACACACAGCUGGGUGCCUGGAUAAAACUGGAAGAUUACAGUUUGAAGUGCCUGAGAGAUCUCUGACUACAGGAACUGAGCAAGAGAGUCCAAAGAUGUCCUUCAACCUCUGUAUAUUCUUUGUAGUUUUUUUUCUCUUGUCAGACUUGGCAGCAGAUAGAUUUCUUUUUUGUUGCAAAGGAUGUGUGCCAGAUACUUAUAGGUCAUUUGCUGCUGUAGGUAAGGAAUGUGCCAUUGGAAGUAUGUUUACUUGGACGUGCCAAACUCUCACUACAGUGUCAAAGGAGAAAGAACAUGUUUUUUCAUCAUGUUUGGUGAUGACGUACAGUGCAAGCUGUAGAAGCAACACGUUUUAAAAGAAGAAUCUGAGAGAAAGUAAAAACUUUAAUACUAUGGUAGUUUUAAACCUUGACUCGCCGCUGAUCCAAUUGUUUGUUCAUCUGCUGAACUCAUGGGGACCUGUGGACAGCUCUGUUAACUGCCUCAAGUGUAUUAAUAUUGCUUUACAUUUCAUACAAAAAAGCAUCAUUGUAUGUGACUUGACCAAAGUCAUUGGUCACUCAGACUUUUCACCUCCAAGAGCAGAUUGAAAACUAUUGUAUUUGUUCCUGGUUAUACAUUUAUUCGUUGGGGCUAACUUCCAGAUCAUUUAACUUUAUUCAUCAACUUGAAUUUUUUUUUUUUGUAAUACGCAUAUUGAUAUUUUUCUUACAUCUCUACUUUGUUAUACGAGUUACUUAAAGUUUUUUUAAUUCAAAAGGCCUAGCAACAUUCCUAACAUUUUAUAUACAGUAUUUAAACUAGGACGGGGGGUUGGGGGGGAGAAGUUUAUAUUAGUACCCUGAAAUAUGUGUGCAUUUCAAGGUAGGUAACAUCUUUCCUUUGUCACAGGAGUUGAUCUGUACAUAGAUUCAGAACAUCUUAUCAUUAUGAACACUGACUACCACCAAGUGUUCAUUGUCGUAUGGAUUUCUGUCCAGUGCUUUGGAAAUUCCUAAAGUUUGGUAUCCCCAGUGUAGGGACUUCUCUAUUUCAUAAUGUUGCCACGAAUAAUCUGUUUUUCGUUUUGCUUAUUCUUAACCGUCUUGAUGAGGACUAUUGCCUCUCUCUUCCCUCCCUCCCCCGCUCCCCCACUGCUUCCAGCUUAGUUUAAUGAAAAUUCAGACAGUUAGAACUCGUUUUAUGGUGGACCAAGUGCACUUUGCAGGAACAAACUGCAGUGACAAGCUGGGGAGACAUCAUUAUUCAUAUGAUUGGCUUUAGCCGAUUUUUAAUGGUCCUCACCUCUUCAGAAUCUUACAUUUACAAAUAGUCCUAGCCUCUUGAAGAAGUUGAUAAGAGUAGGUUUUUUAAGUGUCGGUAAAUGAUAGAGAAUAUAUUGUGUUUUGUACUUGUUGGCUGCUUAGAAUGCUAUCUUCAUUAAGGCCCCCACCCCCCCACCCCCCGUACUGUUCAUAUUUUCAUAUGGUGCAUCCCACUGUUCAUUGUAUUGUCGAAGGCUUUCACGGCCGGAUUCAAC